CUGAUGUGCUCACAGAGAGACUUUGUUGUUAAAACGGAUUGUACAACAGCGAAAUGAUGCUCAGCAUUGCUGAGACUGACGUUUAGUGAAGUUUUAACGCACAGUUUUGCAGAUACGUGAUGGAUUUGAGCUGAAAGCGACAUAAAUAUGCAUCUUUGAUAACUCCAAUUCCUCCUGACUGGAAGCUGAUUGGCUAAGUUAUCCCUCGGCUCCGCGUCUGUCAAGAACACCAGCUGAAGACAGAGUGUCGUCCUCUCUCAGCCUUCUGACAGUGCAGCUGUAUAUUUACAGGUGCAGCUCCGAUAUGACGAAGAGAAGCCCGUCUCUUCAGCUUGUCAAAAGAGGUUAGGUACAGAUGAACAUUCCCAUUCCGAAAUGUGACAGGAUGCUGAACCAUCACUGCAGAAGGAACCCUGAGCUUCAUGAGGAGCUGCAGAUCCAGGCUGCAGUGGCAGCGGGCGAUGUCUGCACUGUCAGGAGAAUGCUGGAGCAGGGAUACUCACCUAAGAUCCGCGACGCGAACGGCUGGACACUUCUCCACUUCUCUGCUGCCAAAGGAAAAGAGAGAUGUGUUCGAGUGUUUCUAGAGCAUGGAGCCGAUCCCACAGUGAAGGACUUUAUUGGUGGCUUCACAGCUCUUCACUACGCUGCUAUGCAUGGCAGAGCCCGCAUCGCCCGGCUGAUGCUGGAAUCGGAGUAUCGCAGUGACAUUAUAAAUGCAAAAAGCAACGAUGGCUGGACGCCACUGCACGUGGCCGCCCACUACGGCCGAGACUCGUUUGUACGUCUCCUCCUCGAAUUCAGGGCCGAGGUGGACCCGCUGAGUGACAAAGGGACCACACCACUACAGCUGGCCAUCAUUCGGGAGCGUUCCAGCUGCGUACGGAUCCUCCUGGACCACAGUGCCAACAUUGACAUUCAAAAUGGCUUCCUGUUGCGGUAUGCCGUCAUAAAAGGCAAUCACUCGUACUGCCGCAUGUUCCUGCAGAGGGGGGCGGACACUAAUCUUGGACGUCUUGAGGACGGUCAGACGCCCCUGCACCUGUCUGCCCUCAGGGAUGAUGUGUUGUGCGCCCAGAUGCUCUAUGCGUACGGAGCUGAUACCAACACCAGGAACUACGAGGGCCAGACGCCGGUAGCUGUGUCUGUUAGCAUGUCUGGAAUCAGCCGGCCCUGCCUGGACUUCCUACAGGAGGUCACAAGACAACCUCGGACUCUACAAGACUUGUGUCGAAUAAAAAUCCGUAACUGCAUUGGCCUUCAAAGCUUGAAAUUGUUGGAGGAUCUACCGAUCGCAAAGGUCAUGAAAGACUAUUUAAAACAUAAGUUUGACAACGUGUGAAGGCAACAACAGCAACAACAGAAGAGGAGACGGUGACUAAAAAACUCUUAUCAUUUAUAAAGACUAUGCAAUCACUGUGCUCCUCGUCUGGAAGAAAUGUCCACAGCUCUGUUGUGUACACCCGUAAGGAUAGCUAGUCCAGUUUGGUCGUCCAGUUCAAGAGUCCUCCGCUCCUCUUCCCCAUUUCAGCCUUUUUUUUUUAACGGUUACAGCAGCAGCUGAAGAGUGGAAAUAAAUCCAUCUCAUGUGAGCAACGGUUGUGGGAAAAAGAAAACCUCAUUUGACAGAUAGCAUUGUUACCAUUUAUGUUCUCACUGAACAAAUAUGCAUGUCCCAGACCCCCCCCCUUUUUUUUAAACUCAACUAAAACAAAGUAAAUUGAUGCGAUAAUGAUGAUCCUUUCUGACUUAAAAUCAGCAAAGUGUUGAGCUACCUGGUCAAUGAUGGCUUUAAAGAAACCCACUCCAAAAGAUACUCUCUGAUUUUGUUUUCGCACCCAAUUAGUGAGUGUUGUUACCCAAAUAACCUGGUUCCAAACCUCUAAGUCACCAUCCACAUCUCCAAAUUGUUCAAUGAUUACAAAUCAGAUAGCACUUGUGUUGUGCCAUUGACAACUAGAGAAACAAAUAGAGAAACAGUUGACCAAUCAGAGCUAGUUAGCUAUGUAGGAAGAGAGAAGCAGUGUCACUUUGUGCAGUGUGAGAUGUGGACAGUUGGUCCGCAGAGACUGCAGUCACCACAACAUGUAAAAUAAUACUCUAAUAUCAUGAAAACAAGCUCACUACAAUUAAGAGCAACCAAAGAAAAAUGUCCGACCUGCCAAAGAUUCAUCUUAUCGUCCAACAUUGAGAUAGUUGAUUGUUCAGACAGUUAAUCAUGCGUCUGGCCUAAAUUGAGCCCCAAUGUUCAAGGGAUGGUUUGGAUUUUUUCUGAGUGGGGUUCUCAUCCAUAGUCAGUGUAUUACAUCCAGUAGAUGUCAGUAAGCACGCCCCCAGUUUGGAGAAGCAGGCUGGAGUUCAACACAGAAGCUAAGUAAUGUGCUGCUGUGGCAGGGGACAGCAGCAAAAUGGAUUUUAGCCUCCUAAAAAAGACACUAUUAAUUUAAGUGUACGCUGUAUUGACAGUAUUUUCUCUGCUUUACCUUUCUGUCAGACAGCCCGUUCUGAUGGGGAAGCCUUUAACAGUUUCAGUUUCCAUCUGUGCUCUCAUCAAAGCCAGACUCCUUUGACAAAGACAGUAAUUUUGGCUUGCUGAUCACAGGAGCUGCUGGUCCACAGCUGCCUCAAUCAGUUAGUUAGUUUGUGUUAUUGUGUGACUUGUAGAUCCGAACAAACCCUUUUAAACACUGAAGUGACACAGUAACACAAACAAACUAAGUGAUGCAGCGGUAGAGCAGCAGCUCCUGUGCUCAGUUAAAUCACUGGUUCUCUCAGUGGAGUCUGGGUUUGAUGAGAACAAUAAUGGCUCCAUUUCCUCAUCGGAAAGCACUGUCUGACACAAAGGUAAAGCAGUGAAAAUGUUUUUUUCUGCUGCUCCCUUCCACAGCAGUACAUUUCCUAGCUUCCAUGUCCGACUUCAAGCUCUCAGAACUGGAGGCGUGCAGAGUAAAGGCACACUGAGCCCGAAACUUUCGUCCAUCAUAAAAAAUUUUCAGAAGAGGUUUCUGUGUUUUUUGCAUCUGUCAGAGCCUUUAGAGAAGUUUGACCAAAAUUCAGUGAAGAAAACGUGGUGGCGGGUCACAGCUGUGAAAAGACAAAGGAACGUGGUGCACAGAAUCACAUCAUAACUUAGAUAGCUACUUUCAGCAGGUCAGAUAGAAAUAUUCAGGUGGAUGAUUAUGAUGAGUGGAGGAUGUGGACUGCACACAGAGUGUGGAGGACAGCUCUGCCCCCUCAUGCAGCUGUGGUGCCAAAUGAAAAACAGGGAGUGAGUGAUGUCAGUCAGACAGGUAACUCCAGUGGAGAGAAGCAAAGGAGGAAAGGAAGGUGUUAGAUAAAACACAUCAGAAUCAGUGUGCGAGGUUUCUGUGUGUAAUCUUUUUUUUUUUUAGGAUGAUGGAUUAAAAAAACGGACUCAGCGUGUAAAGGCCUCGACAUCUACUGUAUGUGACAGACUGACUGUGUAGACGUACCUCACACAGCCCCACUUCAAAAGACCCAAACUAUCCCUUUAAAUUCUAAAAUCAGCUGGGGGGAAUAGGUCGUUAGAAGUGGGAGGAAUGAAAUGAAGCGAAAUUCAAGUUUGAUUAUCAGGCUACAAAAUGUCUUCCUAGCUCACUGCUGAUACUUAAGAAUUGACCUGAUUUUAAAACAUCAACACUACACUGAGAGAACACUUUGAGUUUUAGGGCUGCCGCUGGGUGCUGUAACAAAAUCAGGGAGUAUAUCUUUAAAAAAAAUCAUAUACAGGAUCAGAUUUUCUCAAACAUUGCUCACACGUUUGUUGUUCUUUUGAUGUGCAAAAAUAACUUGCACGGAUAAUUUUUAUUUUAUAAGGACACCAAUAAGAAUAUGUCAUGCAUUUGAAAUGAUUUUGGAAUUUAAGUUUGAUUUAAGUAAUUAUUUGAUACUACCAGAGUGAUCUUUGGUGAUCGACUAUAAAUCAAUCAAUUUCUACACUAUAUGUAGUACAUUUCAGUUUGGAGUAAAUGCACUGUGAUGGAAUUAUGUUCUGAAAGCAUCACAUUUACUCUCUGAAGCAGCUGUUGAUAAUAAUAAGGUCUGUUUUGGAUAACACUGACACAAUCGUUAGAAGCUACAGUCAAUGUAAAUAUGUUAUGUACAACAGAUAUUUUUGUAGAAUUUAUUUAAGCAAUGAUCUCUGGUAUUCUCAAUGUAUUUAAAGUUUGGAAAGUAUUGUGAUCUGUUUGGUGUGACUCAAGUAUUUUUACUUUUAUGUGUGUCUGAGUUCUCUGUUGUACAAGAAAUAAUUUGGAAUCAAUAUUUAAUUUUUACGGCAGACAUGUUGGGUGCUUUCUUACAAUUCAUCAUCUCUUGCAGGUAACUCUGUCAUGGAGAUUAUACUGUGAAUUUUUAAUUUUGACAGUUCAAAAUAAAAUGUAGGAUUUGGGGUCUAAAUAACGCCAACACCACAGGAAAUAUUUUUUCUCUUUGUCUCUGCAUGUGUUUAAAAUUUGUAGUGAAAUUAUGUGGCACCUGAAGUUGGUUUUCCUAAAAUGUUGUAUUCACGAGUUCAUUCUAACAUCUGCAUUAACAUGUCAGUGUCAUUUUAUAUUUAAAUUAGCAGGGUUGUCUGCAAGUUACUUUAAACAAGACUAACAGGCAGUGAAUGGGUUACUAUACAAACAUGGGAUUUGAAUGUGAAGGUCAACGAAGAUGACAACCUGUGUCCAGUUUCAGGGGCUGCAUCCGUCAAAAUCUGCCUUUCAAAUCUGAAUCCAGUGCAACAGAUUGACAGGACCAGUUUAAGUUUUAAAGGCUUCCCCAAAUCUUUUCCCUGAACAUGAAGGACACUGUCAGUGUGUCCUCUGUGUUCCCACACACCCCAUUAACACUAAUUUAUACUCCCUUUAUGUACGAAAAUAGAUACGUCUGUUUCAAACAUUCUAAACAUCACUGCUCUGAUAGUGCCAUGCGUCAUUUAUGUUGGCAUUGAUACAGCCAAUAGAUGGUACUAGAGGGCCGAGUCAAAAGUUAAACACGACAACAAACAAGGCAACAGCUGUGAUGUCAGGCAGGUGGUUCAGCAAAAGUGAAAGCUAGCCUGUAGCAAGACAAUAGAAAUCACUGAAAUCACCAAAGAUUUCUACACAGUUAGACAAUUUAGCAGUCAUCUGAAGUUUGGUGGAAACGUGAUCCCAGGCCCAGCUUUGCUUGUGGUUGUCCUUUUAAGUUGCUAGCACCAUAUCUCUGGGUGUUCAGACACAAAUAUUAUCAGCUCCUCCGUCGUUUCUUCUUUCUGCUCCUGCGACCCCCGCUGUCUAACCGGCCAAAGCCCAGUGGCAACCACCAGAAGUUCAACGUGGUGAACAAUGUGCAGCAACCCCUUUGCAGCCCGACCGCCAUGUUUGAAACGGCUUCCCUUCUACUUCCACUUCCACUUAAUGACUAGAUGCACCAACCAUACAGCAGUGUGAGGGCCUGUAUAUAUGACACGUCUUUAACCACCAGGAAAAUGUCAGGUCAGGCGCUGGGCACUCUUCGGGGCUGCAUUUUUUUUUUCGCCCUCAUAUUCUUUAUUUUCAGUGUAGAUGUUGAUGCUCACAAGCCUGUUUUUCAAGGCCCAAUGGCUGCACCCUAAGACAAACUGUUCAGCUUUUAGAAUGCAGCAUGUGCUCCACAUGUCAUGUGACAAAAACCAACCGGUCAUAGCCGACAGAUAUCUUUGGCUUCUUUUGUAAAUAUCAGUCUGAUAAAUACGGAAAAGCUGCAGUGUUGUAGUGCUGCAGUCUAGCUGUUGCGCGCAGAGCUGAUCUUCCAGACGUGUGUGUGUAGGCCUGUUGUCCGAGGACUAAAAUGAUCAACUUUUCCGUGUUCAUCACAGACUGAUAUUUACUGAAGACGGUAAAGAUAUCUGUUGGCUGUGAUUGGUUGUUCCUUGUCACAUAACGUGGUGCAUGCUGUUGAAGUUGAACUCAGUUUAUCUCAGGGCACAGCCGCUGCGCCCUGACAAAUAGACACUCAGAAACACGUGCACUACGGCAGUGUCACCCUGGCAUUUGAGCACGCCUGCUGGGUGUCUGAAUUGAAAAAUUUGAGGGCGCAAAAAAUGCGGCACGUGUGGCCCGUGAAAGAGAGCUUGCUGAACAUAGUGAACCCACCAGCGGGGGUAGGAUUGGUAGCACCCUCCCAUAAAUACAGUCAUGUACCCUGGUGAAAUUUCAGAAAGAUGUGAAAAAUUAGACACCGCUCAGGCCUACCAUGCAUGCUUGCAUGAGACAAACAAAUAGGGGACCAAAUUCUGACAUACCAACCAAUCAGAAUACAGCACGAAAUGACACAGAAAACAGCGUCCAACGCAUUGUAAGUGCCCAUAAACAUACAUAACUACCACAUUAGCGAGCGCUGUCUAAUCUGUGUUCAGUGCUACUUUAUACUGAAUUGUUUUCUUUAAGUAUCAACGCUAAGGCUGAAGGUUUUUUUUUUUUUUUUGCUGCAUUUUGAAAAAAUGAUUUCGGUAGAUUUCAUAUCUUUGCUUGCACAUCUUACCUUUUUACAUCUAGAUUCAGCAAAGCUUCAUUGUACAAUCUGACAACCAAGAUUUUAUGUGCGAUUGCUGUUUUCCCCUUUAUGAGUGUAGGGUGUCUUCAGGUGCACAGGUGCAGCCCAGUAACUCUCAGUCUUCCCAAUGACACACUUUAAGGCUGUAUCCUCUAAAAAAGGCAGUUGCUGAAAUGAAACUAAUCCAGUGAGUGUUUGUUUAAAUAGCCAAUAUGAUUAUGAGUUUUGUAAUGUUUGUAUAUGGCCUGGGUUUUUAAUUAUUGGUCCUGAGGUAGUUUUAUUAACGUCUUAAAUCAAAUUGAUUUGACUGUAAUUCUUCAGAUGAUCUUAAAUAGCUAAAGUCUGGAUGCAGCCCCGUCUCUUUCAGCUCACUACUCGUGUUGAUAAUGCCGUGGUCACACGUGAGAAUAAAAACUGAAGGUUAUAUCAUCAUGUUAGGAUGUCCUCCACCACAUCUCAGUUCGGUUUUAUGCGCCAUGCUGUCCAUCUUCCUGAUUCUGGAUUUGAUACGAUGCCAUUUUGCAGCAGUAGUUUUGUAUCGCGUGUGAAUGAGUUUGUCAUCCAGCGACUGCCUUCUCCUAUCAGUUCCUCAGCAGACUUUGGUCGUCACAGUCAGGGAAACACUUCAUACAUGUCUUAUGUGGCUAUCAAAUGGCUGUAAGUCUUCCACACCAUUAACUACUGAAUGUACAGAAUAUGCAGAUUUUCAAACGUAAAAAAAAAACAAAAUGUGUGAAUAAACUGAAGUUAACGUUU